AGCCAUUUUGUUCAUCAGGCUUUGAACAGUUCCGCCGUUGCUCAUCGCGUUUUCUCCCAGCGAUGGCGUGUUUUCCCACGAGCCAAGCCAUCGUCGUGGGCGGUGGCCUGGGAGGCAUGUCCGCCGCAAACACGGUGGUGGAGAAUGGCGGCCGAGUGGUCCUCCUGGACAAGUCCUCCUUCUGCGGCGGCAACAGUACCAAGGCCACCAGCGGCAUCAACGGUGCAGGCACUAAGACCCAGAAGGCCAAGGGGAUCCCAGACAAUGCGGAGAUUUUCACCCAGGACACCUUGAAGGGCGGAGCCAAGAAGCCGGAAUUAGCCAAGCUCCUUUGCGACAACAGCGCCGAUGAUGUGGACUGGCUGGUGGAGAAGUUCAACCUGGACCUGUCGCUGGUCGCCCGCUUGGGCGGCCAUUCGCAACCGCGCACGCACCGAGGGAAGGAACGAUUCCCAGGAAUGACCAUCACUUAUGCGCUGAUCCAGAUGUUGGAGAAGGUGGCAGAGAAGACGGACCUGGCGCGGAUCAUUACGAAGGCCAAGGUCUUCAAGCUCGUCACUGAGGGGAACGUGUGCGUCGGCUGUGUCUAUGAGAAGGGUGGUCAGAACUUCCAGGAGUUUGGCCCUGUGAUCUUGGCCUCAGGCGGCUUCGGGGCGGAUUUCACCAGCAACUCCCUCCUGGCGCAAUACCGACCCGAUCUGCUGCACUUGCCCACCACCAACGGUGAGCACUGCACCGGAGAUGGCAUCAAGAUGGGAGAAGCGAUCGGUGCGAAGACCAUCGACCUCGAGUGGGUCCAGGUGCAUCCCACCGGCCUGGUGAAGCCAGACGACGCGGAUGCCAAGAUCAAGUUCUUGGCCGCCGAGGCCCUGCGUGGAGUGGGUGGUCUCAUCUUGAACGCGGAUGGCAAGCGCUUCUGCAACGAGCUGGGACGCCGAGACUAUGUCACUGGCGAAAUGUGGAAGAGCAAGCCGCCCUUCAGGCUGUGCCUCAACAAGGCAGCGUCGGAUGAGAUCAUUUGGCACUGCAAGCAUUACACUGGCCGUGGGGUCAUGAAGUACUACAGCUCUGGUGAAGAUUUGGCCAAGGACAUGGGUGUGGAUCUCUCAGUGUUGGAGCAGAGCCAUGAGGAGCAUUACCAGGCCGCCAAGAAAACCGAGACUCAUCCAGAUGAAGGAGCUUGGCCGGCGUAUCCCUCUGGUAAGUCCCAUGAUGAGGCCAGUGGAAAGACCGGAAGUGGCAAGAAGUUCUUCCACAACAUCUUGCCUGGGUCUGCCGUCCGUCAUGAGCCUUUCUACGUGGCGAUCAUCACACCAGUGAUCCACUACUGCAUGGGUGGCCUCCUGAUCGACACCGACAGCGCCUGCGUGGGUCCCAAUGACAAGGCCAUCCCCGGACUCUACGCGGCCGGCGAGGUGGCGGGCGGUGUGCAUGGGAACAACCGCCUGGGUGGGAACUCCUUGUUGGACUGCGUGGUCUUUGGCCGUGUGGCGGGCCGGGCCGCCGCCAAGUGUCAGCUGGACGAAGAACAGCCCACGUCCGACAUAUCCCGAAAUCGACAUCGGAUGCUCUUAGGGUUGGAGUACAUGCUGGGCGCGGACUUCAAGCCGGUGGACCUGCGCGAGGUCAGCGGCGGCGGCUUGACCGGCGCGGUGGAGAGCUCCAAGCUAGCAGGUGGCUCCUAUGAGGACAAGAUGAACUCGGCCACGACAGCAGCUGGCGCCGCUCCCAUGGCGAACGGUGGCGCCGCCGGUGGGAUGACUUUGGCUGAAGUGGCCAAGCACAACAGCAAAGCCGACUGCUGGGUGGUCGUGGAUGGCCAGGUGUUGGACGUGACCAGCUUCCUGAGUGAACAUCCCGGUGGAGAGCUGGCGAUCCUCACCUUCGCCGGAAAGGACGCCACCGAGGAGUUCAACAUGAUCCACCCACCGGAUGUCAUCGGAAAAUACGCCCCGGACUCCGUGAUCGGUUCCAUUGGCGGCGGUGGUGGAGCGGUGGCUGCCGGUGGCGGUGGCGGUGGCGGCGGUGGAGCUCCAGGCAUUCCGAUGACGGAGGUAGCGAAGCACAACAGCAAGACGGACUGUUGGGUGGUCGUGGAUGGCCAGGUGUUGGACGUGACCAGCUUCCUGAGUGAACAUCCCGGUGGAGAGCUGGCGAUCCUCACCUUCGCCGGAAAGGAUGCCACUGAGGAGUUCAACAUGAUCCAUCCGCCCGACGUCAUCGGCAAGUACGCCCCUGACUCGGUGAUUGGCAACGUGGGCUCCGGCGUGGCAGUGGCGGCCGCCGGCGGUGCGGCCAAGGGAGGCGCUCCUGCGAGGAAGGACAAGGGCGGCGCUUUGUCAAACCACCAUGCCUGGGGUCAUUUGGAUGGAGCACAAACCAACUGGCGAGUCGACCUGGAUGAGAACCCAGGUGUUUUUAUCCUCAACAUCAAGUCUUACUUCAACGCCACCUGGUUCCUCGUGCUCGCCAUCCUCUACGACGAAGUGUGCGCGACCAUUUUCUCCGCUAAGAACAUCAAGAUCUCCAACGAUCGAUUGGGCUUGACGCGCAGCGCCAUCUUGCUGAUCUUGUUCAUCGUGAUCCAUGCAGUGGGCAACCUCCACGUCUUCAAGGGCCCGGACGACUUCAAUGGCUACGGCUACUUCUACGUGCGGCUCUACUGGACGGGCUUUGGGCUGCCAGCCAACAUCGUCGAGGAGUACAUUUUGCUCUCCGUCUUGUUGCACGUCUUUGUGGGCCUGAAGAGGACCUGGGACAUGAAGCUGGCGCUGGUGAGCAGUCAGGGCGUAGGUGUCUUGAACCUGGCCAUCUCAGGUUUGAUGUUGUUGACCUUCAUGACGAUCCACCUCUUCCAGUUCCGCUUCGGCGACACGGAUCAGUUCGGGCCUUACUACAUCCGCCCCCCGCCAUAUCUCAUCAACUUCUGGGGUAUUCUGUCCCUGAACCUCUUCUGGACGGACGCCUCCUAUGUGGAGCCGGUGGGUGUGCGAGACAUCUAUGCCCUGGAAUUCCAGAUCUUCAAGAACCCAUUGUGGUCCUUCUUCUACAUUUUCUCCGUGGCGGUCUUCAUGGUCCAUGCCUGCCUGGGUUGGAAGAAGGUCACUCCUGUGCUGGGCAUCCCUCGUGGCCACAUUGGCAAGGUUGAAAUCAUUGGCUAUGGCAUCAUGAUUGUGAUGGGUUUGGUCUACAUCAGCUUCCCUGUCUACGUCAUGGCCACCAAGCCCUUCAGUGGUUAUGAGGACGGCAUCCAGACACCUGGGCGCAUCGAGCAGUGAACGAAGCCAACUGAGAAAAGCGGCCUCGGCACGCUUUUGUGAGCUGUGCCAGCGGAAAAUGCUGAUGCCCGCGGCGGAUGACCAUGGCUGAGUGAGUUUCGCCAAGGCCAGCCUUGAUGAGAUGGAUGUACAUUGAGAUGUGAAAGAAC